UUUUUUAAGGCAGAUUAUUUUAUAUGACCCUAAAGUCUUUAAGAUGUUUUUAAUUGUAAGUGUUCUAUUCUUGUUUCACCCACGGGAGAACUAUUUUCUUACGACCAGAGUCAAAAUCAAGAUGUCAGGUCGGUCAUCUGUUUGGGUUAAAGUCGAUGUUAUCAAACCUCCUAUUUUUAUUAAUUCAUUAAAUUUAUAUAUUUUCUAUCCUCGCAAUAAUUAAAAAAAUUUUCCAGAUGAUUAUUCAAAAAUUUGGUUAAUGUCUAUUGCUCGAUUAAUAAUAUAUACACCCACAGGAGAACAUUUUGGUAUUGUUCCAGUUGAGGCAAUGUUUUUAUAUACUCCUGUAUUGGCAGUAAAUAAUGGUGGACCUACUGAAACAAUUAUUGACAAAAAGACUGGAUUUCUUUGCCCUCCAGAAAAGGAAAUGUUUGCUGAAUCGUUGGAAUUUGCAAUAAACAAUUCUGAAAUUUUAAAAGAAAUGGGAAUUUUGGGUAAUUAA